AUGCGACGCUCAUUGCGGAAGCUAUCCGCAGCUCAGCCUAGCCGCUACCUAGAAUCUGGUGCGCCUACAGGAAUUACCGGCCUGCUUACACACGCUUCUCCUCGCGCGACACUUAUGUACACCUAUGCAAGCACACUCGAUGCGCUCGCACAGUUACCCGAAAGCUCACUCUAUCGACAGAGUACCGAGGCUAUCACUAAACAUCGCAUGUCCAUUGUAUCUGCAGUCGAGCCAGCCGGCUUAGCGGAAUACGUGGAAAGAGUCAAGAAAAUCUUGGCCGCAAACCCUAGCAAUUUUGACAACUACAAUGGCCAUACACACCAUGUUGAAAAAGCAGGAAAAAAGUUUAUUGUCAUCAAGCCAAAGCCGGAACGGGAUGAAUUGACAGAGGAGUGGGAUGGGAUGAUGGAUGAAUCUUCGUCCAAAGCAAAAGCCGAAGCGGGAGGUGAAAACUUGCUGAGUUCAGCGCCCGAAGAUGAAAUGGACAUGAAUACCGACCAGAAAAUUGAUAUUGAGCCUGAACCACAAUUAACGGCCUCCCAAAUCGAUGAGAUUGAAAGUAAAAUUGAUGCAGGACUUAUUGAAGAAGUCAUUCAAGUAGCAGAGGGAGAGCUAAAGCUUGUAGAUGUGAUGAUCAAGGCCAAGGUCUGGGAAGAUCUAGAGGAGAAGCCAACGGAAGGUCAAUGGACCUACUUCAAUCGAGAAACUUAG